AUGCCGGGUCGAGGCGAGGUAAAGCGUCUACAUGAGCGCUAUGACAAGAUGCAACUCGUGCUCAUGCAGGAGACGGAGCAAAAGAUUGAAUCAGACAGAAAGCACGAGGAGUUGAUCGGCAAGUGGAAGAAGCAGCUGGAGGCGAAGGUACGAGCAUUCGAGUCGCUGCAGAAGAAAUUUGCGCCUCCAAGGGAUCUCGAACAGCUCCGCAUCAAGAUUCAGGAGGAGCUGGAGGGGCCGUACCAACAACGGAUUGAUAACUUGCAAGACGAGAUGGAAAGGCAACGCCUGAUGAGUUUUGAUAUGCGUCGUGAGUUUGAGACGCUUAAAACGGAGUACGAGCAGUUUUCGAUCGAUCAGGGCAACGAGAUGGAAUGCGUUCAGGAAACUUAUGAAUUGACUUUAAACGACCUGAGACGCAAGCUGCAAGCUGCCGAAGACGCGGCAGCCAACUCGCAGCAUGCGGAAAAAGCUCGACGACUUGAACAGCAAAGAGAGGCAGCUCAAAUUGAAAUUAAGGCUCUACGCAAUGAAGUCCGGGAUGUGCGGGAAGAGCUGCAACGAGUAUCUGAGCAAAGUGAAAAUGAGAAAAGUGCUUGUGAGCUGCGCUUAGCCGACGAGGCGACACGUAAUGCAACGCUAGAUCUAGAUUUAAAAGCUUGCGGCCGCCAACUCACGAGAGCAAAAGAUGAAUACGAAAGCAUCCGCUCCAAAUGGGAUCAUGCACAGAACAAGUUGCUCGAACUGACAUCUGAAAGCGAAAGUCUACGAGAGCAACUUAAGCAGAAGGAGGUGCUCAUCUUCAGCAGCCAUAAUUCAAUGUCGAUGAAACUUCGAGACGAACGAGCCACAUGGGAACGAGAACAAAUGAGCUUGAAGGUUACUGCUCAAGAGGAGGCUCUCCGUCGGUGUCAGAAUGAAGCUGAAGAGGCUACUCAUAAGCUUCAAUUAGAAAGUGAGAGCUUGCGGAAAGUUGUCCAGACCCUCGAGGCUGAAAAGGCGGUUAUGAUAGCCAAGCAGACUUCUUCGCAUGAGCUGUAUCAGGAAGAUGUUCAGCUUGAAAAAGAAGAGGCUCAAGGAAAGCUCAAGUAUAUGGAGCAGGACUAUGCUGUGUUGGUGGAGAAACUUGAUAAAGAGAAAGAGAAUCUUGCGACCACGGCACGAGAUUUGCAUAGAUUCAUGAAAACUACAAGCAGCUAG